GGGGGCGGGAGCGCGUAUAGCCGCCGCGGCCGCAUGACGCGUUUUCAAAUUUUCAACCGCCGCGUCCCUCCGGUGUGUUCUCUCCUCCUUCCUUCCUGCUCCGGUUUUGGGAAACGGAAUCCGCCCUUGCCCCGGAAGCUCGGCCCGCAAACGCCACAUUUUCCCUCGCGUUGCGUAGUGUUGUGCGUGGAACGGGAGAGGCGAAGCCACCUGCCCACGGGCCUCAAGCAGCCGUGUUUUCGCGCCACUCGGCGCGACACCUCCUCCGGACCCAGUAUGUAGGGGCCGGGAGGCUGCCAUGAACUCCGGAGCCAUGAGGAUCCACGGCAAAGGACACUUCCAGGGUGGAAUUCAAGUCAAGAAUGAGAAAAAUAGACCAUCUUUGAAAUCUCUGAAAACUGAUAAUAAACCAGAAAAAUCCAAACAUAAACCACUUUGGGGAAAAGUAUUUUACAUUGACUUACCGUCUGCCACCAUAUCUGAAAAACUGCAAAAGGACAUUAAGGAGCUGGGAGGGCGAGUUGAAGAAUUUCUCAGCAAAGAUAUCAGUUAUCUUAUCUCAAAUAAAAAGGAAGCUAAAUUUGUACAGACUUUGGGGCGGAUUUCUCCUGUACCAAGUCCAGAAUCUCCAUAUAAUGCAGAAACCACUUCACCGCAUCCCAGCCUUGAUGGAAGUUCAAAACCUCCAGAGUCAAUGUGUUUGAGCAGAGGAAAAUUGUUAGUUGAAAAGGCUAUCAAGGAUCAUGAUUUUAUUCCUUCAAACAGUAUAUUAUCAAAUGCUUUAUCAUGGGGAGUAAAAAUUCUUCAUAUUGAUGACAUUAGAUACUACAUUGAACAAAAGAAAAAGGAAUUGUGCUCACUCAAAAAAUCAAGCACUUCUAUAAGAGAUGUGGGGAAAAAAGUAGGUAUUGCUACACCAAAAGCAAAAACAGGUAGACUCAAAAAACCUUUUGUAAAGGUAGAAGAUGCAAGUCAACUAUAUAGACCAUUCUACCUUCAGCUGAGCAACAUGCCUUUUAUAAAUUACUCUACUCAGAAGCCCUCCAGUCCAUUUGAUGUAGAUAAACCAUCUAGUUCCCAAAAGCAAACUCAGGUCAAACUAAGAAAUCAAGCAGAUGUUGAUAAAUGUGGUGGAAUCCUGGUGCAGCUUCAGCUGAAAGAGAAGAAGAAAAAGGGAUACUGUGAAUGUUGCUUGCAGAAAUACGAAGACCUUGAAACACAUCUUCUAAGUGAGCAGCACAGAAACUUUGCACAGAGCAGUCACUAUCAAAUUGUGGAUGAUAUCAUAUCUAAGUUAGUUUUUGACUUUGUGGAAUAUGAAAAGGAAAUGCCCAAAAAGAAAAGAAUUAAAUAUAGUGUUGGAUCUCUUUCUCCUGUUGCUACAAAUUAUUUGAACCAAAAGACUGAACCAAAAGAAAAACUAGAACUGCAGCUUUUAUGUCCAAAAAAUAAUGUACAAAUAAUCAAACAGAAUUUUUUGUAUGAAGAAAUCUGGGAACAUGAACAAGAAAACCAGAAGCAUGAACAAAAGUCAGUGUUUAUUUCAGACUCUAUGCCCUGCCCUUCAAGUGGAUUGACUGGAUGUGAUGAAAAAACAAUUAAUCAAUGUACCAUGUUAAAUCCAGUUGGAGAUGCCAUAAGUGAAAAUUUGACAUAUCUACCUCCAUAUGAAAAUAAGCAGGAAUGCAUUCUCGAUGUUUCUAAACAUAAAUUAAUUUCAAAUGAAAAUGACUUAGAAGAACUAAGAGCAGAUCACUGUGCAUAUAUGCUACAGACAUCUGUACAAGUUUCUAAUUUCAGUAUAGACAAUAUACCUCAGUUAAAGCAAACAUCAGAUACUGCCCUUUUUUCAGCAAAGGAUUCAAUGGAAAAGGACCUUAACUCAAUAUGUGGUCAUGAUUCUGGUCUUUUAGCAAUAAGCGAUUCAAAAGAGCAUCUAACAGUUCCAGCAAAGGUUCCAUCCCACUGUCCUCCCAUGGAGUCCAACGAAUGUGACAUCCAGAAUAUGGAUAGUUUACCUGCUGGUAAGAUCCAUCGGAAAGUGAAAAUCCUAUUAGGAAGAAAUAAAAAAGAAAACCUGGAACCAAAUGUGGAAGUAGAUAAGAAAAGAACUGAACUUCUUACUAUACAAGAAGAAAGCAGAAUUUGUAGUUCACCAGUACAAUCUCUAUUGGACUUAUUUCAAACUAGUGAAGAGAAAUCAGAAUUUUUGGGUUUCACAAGCUACACAGAAAACAGUGGUAUAUGUAAUGUUUUAGGUAUUUGGGAAGAAGAAAAUUCAAAUAAUCUGUUGUCAAUGUUUUUCUCUUCCCCUUCAACUUCUACAUUUACUGGCUUCUAGACUUUUAAAAAAAAAGGCCUUUCAAAAGUGAUGCUCAUAUUAAAAUUUUUAUGUAUAAAUAUAGGGUUUUGCCAGCUAUAUUUAUAGAGAUAAAUGUUACUAAUAAUAAAGGUAUUUUACAUUUUGACAAAACUGAACACAAAUUACAAACUAGAAUGAAUGUGUGACUCCUUUUUUAUAUAUUAUGUUAAUUGUUAAGAAUCACUAUGAAUUAGUCACUGAACUAAUUUCAAUUGAAAUUUUGAGGAUAUAAAAAAAUAACAUUACAAAUUGGAUAUUUGUAUCUGUUAUUAAAAUAGGUCCAUAGAUGACAACAAUUUUGUGCUCUCUAGAACACCAAAUUUCAUGAAUAAAAUACAAUUUCAUUGUUUUCAUGAUAUAAACUGUUAUUGUUAUGUGAACACUGAUACUUAAUGAUUUUGAUGGACCAUGCUAAUACAUACACUGAGGAGUUAGACUGUUUGUAAGGGCAAAUAGAAGCUAUGAAGCCACAAAUUUUCCCACUGGUUUUAUUACUUUAGUAAUAUUUUUUUUUCAAAAGACCACAAAUUUCGUAACAUAAGAACUUGCCUUCCAUAAGGCAGUCAUUCAAGACUUUAGAGAAGCUUUAAAUGUAAGAAAAUCUUUAACACAUAUUUGUAAUUGAUAGAGAUAUAUUUGACCUUGAGUAUGUGUUUUUAAAAGCGUUUAUAGUUGAUAUUUUGUGAUUAUACUGGUGCUAAUAAAUUGAUUGAUCCCUUGCCACUGAAAAUCAAUUAGAAUCACUAAUUGACAUUUUGAAACUAUGUGGUUCCAAAAAUGUAAGUUUGAGGCACUAUUAUUUUAACCAUUGUCAGUUGAGAAAUAACUAGCUUUCCAAUGACUUUAUACCAUUACCUUAAGAUUACUGAAAUAUCCUUUACAGUGCUUGUGUGCAAAUCUUGUUUCUAUUAUGAAUUACUAUUAUAUUAUUUUCUGUCACAAA